AUGAGGCUCUUGACACCAAGCUUAGAAUAUAAAUCUGAUGAMUAUCAAUAUAUUCAGAACAGUAUUAUACCUACAAUGCAUUUUCAACAAUCUUUACCUAGACUUCCAAUUCCAGAAUUAAAAUCAACUUGUCAACGUUACCUUAAAGCACAACAACCUUUACUUUCAAAAAAUGAUUAUUUGAAAACUAAAAAAAUUGUGGAAAACUUUGAACUAAAUGAUGGAAAUUUAUUACAAGAUAUGUUAAAAAAAAAAAAUAAUUUGAACAAAACUACUAGUUAUAUUACUAAGGAUUGGUUCAAUAUGUAUUUGUCAGAUAGAACCCCUUUACCAAUUAAUUAUAAUCCAUUAUUGGUGUUUAAACAAUUAGAUAAUGCAUAUAAUAACCAAUUACUAAGAUCUACUAAUUUGUUGAUAUCAUCACUUAGAUUUUACAAAUCAUUAAAUGCAAAUAUAUUAGAGCCAGAAAUUUUUCAUAUCAAUCCAAAGAAAAGUGAUACCAUCCAAUUUAGAAAACUCAUGAAAUACCUUCCAGAAUCAAUUAGUUGGUAUGGAGCCUACAUGUAUAAUGCGUAUCCUUUAGAUAUGUCUCAGUAUAGUUCUUUAUUUAAUAACACACGAAUUCCAAUGACUGAUCAAGAUGUUUUACACAAUAAUACAUCAGGAAAACAUAUUGUAGUUAUGAGGCGGGGACAUUUUUAUAAAUUUGAUGUUCUGGAUAAUCAAGAAUUUGAUGUUGUAGAAUUCAAUUUGGAUGAAAAAAUCAAAUGCGAUAUCAUAAAAGUAAAGAACGAAUUCAAAUAUAAAUAUGAAUCUUUGGAUAUUAAUUACUUUGAAUUUUUCAACGUCGGUAGAAAAACAUGUAAAAAAUUUGGGAUAAGCGCAGAUUCUUUAAUGCAACUAUGUUUCCAGUUAGGYCAUUUUAAACUAUAUAAGAAACAUGUUGGUACUUAUGAAUCAUGCAGUACAGCAGCAUUCAAACAUGGAAGAACAGAAACUGUAAGACCGUGUACAAUGAAGACCGCUGAUUUUUGCUAUGCUGUAUCAAGUAAUAAUAAACCCUCUAACAAUGAUCUAGUGAACAUGAUAAAGCAAUGUUCAGUUGAACAUAGUAAACUUGUAAAGGAAGCUGCAAUGGGACAAGGGUUUGAUCGUCAUUUAUUCGCUCUACGAUUAUUAGCUAAAGAAAGCAAUUUAAAAAUUCCAGACUUGUUCACCGAUCCCGCUUAUGGUCUUAUUAAUCAUAAUAUUCUAUCUACUUCUAGUUUAACUUCAGAUUAUGUAUGGUUGGGAGGGUUUGGUCCUGUUAUAGUAAUAAUCUUGUCUAUUUAUUUCUUCUACGCAGAAGAAUCUGGAGAAACUGAACAUGUAGAAAUAAUGAAAGUAGAAAAUAUAAUACCAGCGCGGGCAUUAAAAAUUAAUGAACAUAGAGAAGAAUCACAUAUUGGACUACAAAAACAAGCAAAAAAAAAUGAAAGAAAUGUCGAGCAAGAAACUAGCCAUCAGAUACUUAAGAACCUAAACAACCGCAUUCAACUCUUGAAAGAAACACUGAGAUGGGACCACAUGAWUUUAGAAGAAAGGGAAGCGAUCGAGAAUCUCUCUAGUGAGUUCUCGUGUGUAUUUUUUUUGGAAGGGGAUAAAGUAAGCUGUACUAACGCAGCUGAACACGAAAUAAAGACACCCGGUACUACUGGUACUACUCAACUAAUCUAUCAACGAGGCUAUCAUACAGGCUCCCAUAUUCUCAGAAAGCAUAGAUAA